AUGGCCAUCUAUUUUUUCUGGAUUAGAGCUUUUGUUAAUUGGGUUACUUUGGGUCACCAUGAUGCUGGUGGGGCCUCAUCUCAUUACGACCUCCUAGCCAGUUUGGGCAUUGGGCACAAUGCAAAUUUUCGCAUCGAAGAUCUAGAAGCAGAACUUGAUUAUUUCCCUGGAACAUUAAUCAUAGACCUAGGAAACAUGUCAGGAGGGAGAUAUAGGGUGAUCUCAUGGUCAGAUCAGGACUCCAAUUGGAAGAAACUAGUUGGACUUGAAACAGUCAAGACUCUCUUGAAGAAGCAUAAACGAGCCAUCAAGGGAAUUAGCGAUACAAAGCCUCCUUUUGAUGAGCUAACACACUCAUUGGAUGACGAAAAAAAUUGCCAUAUGGGAAAUGAUGAAAAGAAGGCUAUGGAGGAAUGA